UUUUACGCAAGACUCGUUGUUCCCCUUGGUUCACGGAUUGCAUAGCAAUGUGAAAAUUCCUACGGUAAAUUCUGACCCAAACAAUUCCUUUUUGCUAGUGUAUAUACAUGAUAGAGUCCAACCUUUCUGAACAAAGUAAUAGUUUUCAUGGAAAUUGCUGGUAUUUUAAAGCCUACCAAAUGGUUCUCAAACAAGGGUUUAAGAUUAAGCCUUCCUCGCCUUCGCUCAAAAUCCAAAUCGUCGACCUCCUUGCCACCAUCACCAACUGUCGUUGCAGCAACACUUGAUAAAACCAAUAAAGAAGAAGAGCUUAAAAAAGUUUUUGGUCGGUUUGAUAGUGAUGGAGAUGGUAAGAUUUCGAGCGAGGAACUCAGUGCUUACUUCGCAUCCAUAGGCGACAACAUAUCGAGAGAUGAAGCUCAAAGGGCUAUCAAAGAUUUUGACAACAAUGGGGACAACUUGCUGGAAUUCAAGGACUUUGUCAAGUUGAUGGAAGGAGAUAACGAGGGUGAUGAUAUUAAGGGAGCGUUCGAGCUGUACGAAGUUGACAAAGGUAGUGGGUGCAUCACGCCGGUGGGAUUGCAGCAGAUGCUUAGUCGUCUAGGGGAUGUGAAAUCGUUUGAAGAGUGCGUUGCCAUGAUUCGAGUGUUUGAUCUUGAUGGCAAUGGAGUGCUUGACUUCCAUGAAUUUCAACAAAUGAUGAGAGGUGAACCAUAGAAAAAAGUAAGUGUAAUUAGAGUGUAAUUCCCCAUGGGGCCAGGGCCUAUAUGUUUAAUUCUGUAGCAUACAUUAUCCUAGGCAUUAGCUUGCUUUUUGUGGCUAAUUUUUCCAUUGAAAAUAUGUAUGGAGGGACCUUGUGAAUUUAAUACUUCAUGUACUAGUAAGUAGUACAUCAGUAUUUUUAAGUGCUUUUCUGAAGUUUUUGUGCUAUUUGGUUAUGGUUGUUAAUAUCAUGAA